GGGGGGGGGGUGUUGUGGAGUGCCUGCAAAGCACGGGCUGAGAAAUCUCUAUUUAAUAGGCAAUAAGGACCCAUGGAAGGUUAUUGAGCAGGAUGUAAGGGUAGGCAGUAAUAAGUAUACAGAGAAGUGCAACUAUUUAAUAUAGUUUAGAAAAUGGGCUUUUUUUUCUAUGAAGUAGGCAACGAAGCUUUCUUUUACUUCUAUACCCUCAGCUUAAAAUCAACUUCCUUCAGCACCAUGGUCCACUGGUCCCUGGAGAGCGGACACUUGUUCAAAUGAUCUUUGUAGGUAUCUGGAGGGUUGCAUAAAAGGUAUCAGCCUUCCAUGAAUAUUUGUUGACUGAGUAAAUGAAUGUGGCCCAUCUGGGUAUCAGGAGAAUUGGUACCCUCCGCCAGUCCCUUUGCAUGUAAAACGGUGGGGGCUGGGCCUCUCACCUUUCCCCCUUCCUUAAUUUAUCCUCAGCCCCUAUGGAGCUGAUUCUAACUCUAAUUCCGUCACCUCCUCUGUGAGUGGUGCCUCUUUGUAACACGCUGCCACCUGGCUUCCCGGCUUCGGGCGCUAGGCUUCAAACCUGUCUUUCACCCAUUGUUCAGUUUCCAGCGAGUCAAGUUCAACCCCAGGUUCAACCACUAUAGUGACAGUCACAAACACAUUCCCCUACGGGUACCUCGGAGGGGGCGCCCACUCCUAAAAAACAGGCACAGGAGGGCGUUUCUAUUCCAGCGGCCCCUGGUGUUGGGGGUGUGAAUGGGGAGACACCUCCCCACUGACCUGCCCCUAAGGCAAGCGAGCGCCCAGCCCUCAGCGGGCGUGGCCGCUCUGGUCCAGCCCCCGACCCGCCCCCGUUGCCGUUGAGAGAGCCUCCGCUCGGCCACCUAGCCGCCACCCCCUCUCCACGUACGCCGGGCCACUCCCUUGCUGCGGAGCCCCGCGGAGGGUGAUGCUCAGGAUCCCAGUUCUCCCCCGAGCUGCGCAUUUCCGCGUGCCAAGGCGGCUCCAGAUCCGGCCGGCCCUCGCGGCAGGAGCCCGCGUUCCGCGUCCACAAGAAGUUGUCUCCGGAGCCCGCUGCGCCUCGGUCUCCUCCCCCUGAGCCCCGCCCCCCCGGCCCGGAGCUGGGAUCUGCGUGCAGCCCGGCCCGGGGGCGUCGCCGCUUGCUCUUCGAAACCAACGAGUCGCUGCUUCCCAGCGCUGAGCGCGCGUUCCCCGCUUGGCUGGGGACCCCCGCGCACCCCCGAGACGGCGCGCGCCCAGAGCGCGGGAGCCCGGAGCACCGGGCGCCUGGGACCCCGGGGAGCCACUGCCCAGCCCGCGGGGCUCGGCAGGGAUGCAGGCUGCUCUGUGAGCCCGGGCGCCAAAGCCAUGUCCGGGUCCCGCUGCCGGACCCUGUACCCCUUCUCUGGGGAGCGUCACGGCCACGGGCUGCGCUUUGCUGCAGGCGAGCUGAUCACCCUGCUGCAGGUUCCGGACGGCGGCUGGUGGGAAGGCGAGAAGGAGGACGGGCUCCGCGGCUGGUUCCCAGCGAGCUACGUGCAGUUGCUGGAGAAGCCUGGAAUGGUCCCCCCUCCGCCCGGAGAGGAAAGCCAGACCGUCGUCCUUCCGCCAGGCUGGCAAAGCUACUUGUCUCCUCAGGGCCGGCGUUACUAUGUCAACACAACCACCAAUGAGACCACCUGGGAACGCCCCAGCAGCUCUCCGGGGAUCCCAGCCAGCCCUGGCACUCAUAGGAGCUCUCUGCCUCCAACAGUGAAUGGAUACCACGCAUCGGGGACCCCAGCGCACCCUCCUGAGACUGCCCACAUGAGUGUCCGCAAAUCCACCGGUGAUUCCCAGAAUCUGGGAUCCUCAUCACCAGGCAGAAAGCACAGCAAGGAGAACACCCUCACGAUAAACUGUGUGACCUUCCCUCACCCAGACACGAUGCCGGAGCAGCAGCUGCUGAAACCAACAGAGUGGAGUUAUUGUGACUAUUUCUGGGCCGAUAAAAAGGACCCCCAAGGCAACGGCACCGUGGCUGGGUUUGAACUGCUGCUGCAGAAGCAACUGAAGGGCAAACAGAUGCAGAAGGAAAUGUCGGAAUUCAUUCGGGAAAGGAUAAAGAUUGAAGAAGAAUACGCGAAGAACUUAGCUAAGCUCUCCCAGAGCUCCUUGGCUGCACAGGAGGAAGGCUCCCUGGGAGAAGCGUGGGCGCAGGUGAAGAAGAGCCUCGCAGAUGAGGCGGAAGUUCACCUCAAGUUCUCUGCCAAGCUCCACAGCGAGGUAGAGAAGCCCCUAAUGAACUUCCGUGAGAACUUCAAGAAAGACAUGAAAAAGUGUGACCACCACAUCGCUGAUCUCCGCAAGCAGCUCGCUAGCCGCUUUGCUGCCGUGGAGAAGGCCCGGAAGGCCCUCACAGAGCGGCAGAGAGACCUGGAGAUGAAGACCCAGCAGCUGGAGAUCAAACUGAGCAACAAGACGGAGGAGGACAUCAAGAAGGCGCGGAGGAAGUCCACGCAGGCUGGGGAUGACCUCAUGCGCUGUGUGGACCUCUACAACCAGGCCCAGUCCAAGUGGUUUGAAGAGAUGGUGACCACCACGCUGGAGCUGGAGCGGCUGGAGGUGGAGAGGGUGGAGAUGAUCCGGCAACACCUGUGCCAGUACACACAGCUGCGGCACGAGACAGACAUGUUCAACCAAAGUACAGUCGAGCCUGUGGACCAACUGCUUCGAAAAGUGGACCCAGCCAAAGACAGGGAGCUGUGGGUCAGAGAGCACAAGACAGGCAACAUCCGCCCCGUGGACAUGGAGAUAUAGACGGGCUCAUGAGGCCCCGGGGGGCCUGCCAAGGAGCAGGGCUGGGGGUCCCAUGAAGAGGAGGUGGUGGUUCCCACCACAGGGCCUACUGCCAACUGGAACUGCCCUCCCACCCGCUCUCCUGGUCCACUGUGGAGAGGGAGGGGUGCAGGCUGCAGCUCAUACUUCCAGAGGCGCAGCCCAGAUGGCCCCACUGGGAGGUCCCUAGUGUUUCCAGGCCAAGAAGAUGGAUCCACAGCUCCGCUCUUGUCUCUGAGGCUGAAGAUCCCCACCUCCUGUGCUGUGCUUGCCACUUCGAGAACAAACUGAAGCUGGAACUUUGUGGUCCCUGCUGAGUACCGUAGGGGUCAUCUCCUUAUGCAGAGCCAACUGUGUCACAUACUCAGCCUCUGGAAGCCCCAAAGUCCUUCCUCCAGCUGGUUCUCUGGUCUCUGAGGCUUUGGAGGGUCAGGGAAAGGAUGUCUCUGUCUCCAAGCCAAGUGUCAGGGUAACAGUUGUGCAUCAAAGGCACCAUUUAGCUGAACAGCCAUCCCUCAGCAUCCUUUGCAGCCCUCCCCCGUUAUUUUUCCCAUUGUAUUCUGGGAGCCCACGACUUGGCUCUUCUUUGUCACCUUUCAUGAUCAAGAGUCUUGGGAAGAAGACGUGGCUCCUGUCUUCCCAGACCAACCCUGCGUGGAGAGGUCAGGAUGGAACUACCUCAUUCAGCAAAUUAGCCCUCAGUCAGAGUGUCAAAUAGUGUUUCCUAGUAGAUCAGCAUCCUCAGUAAAACCUCCUCUCUAAAAAUCCCAAUCCACUCAACCUUCAGAUGCUGCCUCUUCGCACCUCCUCCUUUCCAGUCUCUUAAAGGGGCUGGGUUAGUCCUACACAGGAGACGGAUUGGGGCAAGUCUUUGUCAUCCCCAGAUGGCUCUACCUGCUUAUGCAUGCUGGCAUCGGGAUCACUGUCCCUUAUAUGGCUUUUUCUCAUUGGUGGUCACUGUACAGGCAUUGAAGACUCAUGUAGCCACAGUAGGUUGUCACCCGCUGGCCAGUGUCCUGCCACCUUGGCCUCUCAGCACCUUCUGCACAUUCCAGAGCCCUGCACCAAGCGCCUGCUUGGUGCCAGUAUAGCCUUCCCCUUUCUUCAUCUCCCAGUGUCUGGAAAAACCUGGUCUAAGUGCGACCUAGGAAACUUCCAGGGCUGCCUUCAGAUCCUUGCACAUCCCUUUCUCCUUUUCCUGACCACAGAAAACAUGUUAAGUCACAUGAAGUCUUGAGAAUCAGUUCAAAAGGUCCAGAAGAAGAAAAGGGACCUGAAGGAGAUCAUGCAGCUGGCAAGGUGCAGAUCCUAGCCUGGAACCCAUGCCCUGAGACCCAGCCCAUCUUUCUAACUUAAUCUUCCCACUGAUGACAGGAUUAUCGGAUUCAUGGGACCCAUGUUUCCCAAGAGCACAGAAUUCUAAGAGCACAAUUCACUGGCUUUCAGUCUUGCCAGUGACUAGCAGCAUGUUAAUCUUGGAUCUUUUGGUACCUCUUACACUGAGUCAGAAUUGCUCUCUCAUAGGUUACAGUAGAAAGAUGCCGAAUUUACUACAGCAAACCAAGCUUUGUCAUGUUUCCUACUAAAGCAUCCCAAUCAAAAAGGUCAGCUUGAAGGCCUUCACGAACAUGAAUCUGUCCAUGGCACGGAGAAGCACUGCUUCUGGAUCUGGGAUUGGGCCCACCAUGACACCAGCCACCAGUUUCAGGGUGUUAUUUUUUGGUUUCUUUAUUAAAAACGGGUGCUAGUAAUAAUUGCUUCGUGGCUUAGUAAACUAAUUUAUGGGUGAUUUUCAAAUAUUCAAAGCCAAUAGGCUUGUUAUGAACAGAUAUUCUGAAUAGAUAUGCUCAUGAAUUUUGUCUUCUCAUUUCCAUCUGAGGGUUCCAGAGUCUUCUGUUCCUCACUGCAACAGAGGUACUCUUGCCUCUUCCAGGGUGGCCCAAGCUGGUCCAAGGUGGGCAAGUCUUGUUUCUGAAGUCACUCAUUUCUCCCCCAUCAUCUCAUCUCAGUCUCGUUAGCUUCCUCACAUGCUCCCUUUCUGUUUCUCUUCCCUCCUUUAUUCAUCGAGCACUUAGCUAAAGCCAAGCAAUGUGAUAAGAUUUGAGGACAAGAUACGGGUUUGUCAUCAGGGAAGCCCAUGAUCUGAUAUUUUGUGUAGACUUCUCUUUUCUCCAGGGUUCUCGCAGGUCAGUAACCUUGGCAUUCACAUACAGGUACAGGUGGGCUUUCAGAGACACUGUCUGUUGUGCUGAUAGAUUUGCAUUCAUUUAUUCAUCCAUUUAUUGACCAGAUACUUGGGAUAAGCCAGGCACUGUGUGGGAUUCUAGAAGUAUAGCUGUAUACAAGACAGACAUUGUCCUUUGUCUCCUCUAUUCACCAUGUAGACAGGAGGAUACUUGAACAUUUCUGGAGAAUGAGAACAUUUAACCUUCAACAUUUAACCCCCUGGCAGCCUGCAGUUCCAGCACACACUACUGUCAUGUGGCAUUUAGACACUGGGUGGAAGGUAGACAGCAACAAGGGUCCAGUCACCUGGUCACUAGACUCUCGCAGCCCAUAUCCAACUUGAAUUUCUGAGGUUUCUUUUGUUUUAAAUAACACUCCUCACUUUACCAAGAGGGGGAAGCCCAAGCACGACCAGUGAGUACAGAGAAAUUAGCAAGAGUGAAUUAAGAGCAGAACUGGAGCCCAUAGUCCAAGCCCCUAUAUUGUUAACAGGGUUCUUCCCCUGCCCGCUGCUGGAUGAAGUCAAUAUCAGAAUGAAGUCUACAGUACCUGAAAGUGCACCUCAGGGUAGCAGUCAUUCUAUCCAGGUGGUUCUGUUUUUGUUUAUGUUUUGGCAUUUAGGUCAUAAGAGGAUUUGGCUGGAUUUAUUCAGAAUGGGUGACGAGUCUAGGUUAUUCUUGAGCACAUCUAUUGUUCCACUUCUGAGAACAAGUGGGCCCCUUCUGCCUGUUCUACUUAGUUUUAUCUGGGAAAACCUGGUUUUAAAAAAUAAGCAUCUCCAAGACAAAUGGUGUUCUGAGUGAGCUGGUUGCCAUGACAACCUCCAGAAAAAGCCACUUGUUCCUCUCCAUUUUAUUUCCAGUGUGUUUGAGCAGUAUCAUAGAGGGAUAGCUGUCCUGAGGUUCUGCAGCAGGCAGACUCCGCUGCCCCUCGGGGCUGACGGAUGCCUGGAGCAGACAGAAACUGCGUGUUCAUGAACCAGGUGUUUGUUUCUAUUCCCUUUGUGGAAACCAGUCAACUACUGGAUUAGUGGAUGGUGCAUAAAAAUCUUGGCUGAGCCAAAGUCCCUUCUUGGAAAUACAAGCCAUAAAUUCAAAGGAUGUCAAAGACCUCACCUUGUUUAAGUGAUUUUACUUCCAGGGUUCUGUGAAUUUUGACAAACGUGUAUAGCCCUGUAAACACCACCAAAAUUAACAUAAUAUUUCCAUCACUCCAAGAUUCCCCCUAACCCCUGUAGUCAAUCCACUCCUCCCACCUCCAGCCCUUGGCAACCACUGAUUGGUUUUCUGACCUUAUAGUUUUGCCCUUUCUAGGAUGUUGUGUAAAAGGAGCCAGACAACAGUCUUUGAGGCUGGUUCCUUUCUUUCAGUCUUGGAUUAGUAUUGUGAGCCACCCAUGCUGUGUGCCUAUCCUUGCUCCCCUCACAUCACCUAGUGGUGUUCCAUUGCAUGGCGUACCCCAUGGCUCCCUCGCUUCUACAAUGCAUUGUUUGCCCAGACGUUCCUCUUCAGGGUCUACAGCUUGUCUGCAUGGUUGCUCCACCCUGCUGCUUCCUACACUUCCCAGGACUCCUUCUCCAAAUGCCAGCUGUGCCCACAGGUAGUUCUUGCAGCUCACACUUGGUUUUUGGUUCAUGUCAGGAUCUGACAGUGCAGAAAGCUACCAGGGAUUGUGGGGGAGGGCCAGGCUGGGUCUGCAUUGCCUCCCCCUUCUAUGUCCUGGAGCUUGCCUCUAGGAUAGCAAAUCCACCCUCUCCCGGGGCCCCUCAUGUCAGCGCACACAGUCCUUGGCAUUUAUUGAGUGUAAGAGGGUGUGGAAGGCAAAUGGAUGAGAAGGCAGGGGGCUGGCUGGGGACUCAUUGAGAUCCUAUCCUGGAUUUCUUUGCUUCAUCUGCAGACUGAAAAUAUUCUUCUAGAAGUUCUCUCAGGCCUCCUGCAGUCACUGCAUUCUAUCUUUCCCCCUUCUCAUUUCCAGUGUUUUACCCUGUACACAUGGUCAUUCCUCAUCUGGGUCUCUUAAGCACAGUGGUGCAUGGCAUUACCUAAAAUCCUCACGAGAGGGACAUGCUGGCAUUUCUCUUGUUAGACACAAAUGCAGCUGAAAUUAAGAGUCUUGAGAGCUGUCAAGAAUGAGGUAAUUCCUCCUUAGGACCUCCAAGGUGACAACUCCGAGCCCUAUCUUGGUCAUGCCCUGCUCUGUGACAGGUGAGCCCUGGACGGCCACCAGGAACCUCUCCAAGCAAACUGAAAAUACCUGGGUCCAGGCCGAGGUGGGAGCCCAAGCCCACAGGCUCCCGUGGUGGGGAGCCACAGAUCUGUGCUGCUGGGGCAUUCUGGGCAAAUUUUGCCAUGAACUCUCAUCACUCCUCUUCCCCAGGAAUAUUAUCCCAGUCAGGCCCCUCUCGAAGAGGAGGGCCUCAACUCCUGUUGCAGCAGGUUUGGGUGAAAAUAGACAUAUGACAAAAAAAGCAAGCUUCCAUUUUCUCUAACCCUCUAGAUGCUGGGGCCAGGCUCUUUGGGGAGCCUUUGUUGGGAGGUGCCUCCGAAGGACAGGGGUUGUGACUGCCUUUGAUCUCUCUGUGUGUGGUUGAGGAGACAUGGACCCUUUGUGCUUCCAGGGAAGUUCCUAAUGGGACUGCAAUGGAGAAAUACAAUGGUCCGGCAUGUGGGUGCUCUAACAGACAGUGUGACACUGGGACAGAGGUCCCAGGGGCAAGAGCACUGGACUGGGUCCACUCUGCUCUCUCUUUAGUCCCAUAACCUGAGUUGUCACCUCCCCUCCCGGACCUUGGUGGACUCAUCUGUCAACUGAGACAUUCCCCUUCCAGCGUUGUACACGGCAGACUGGCUCUUGGGAGCCAUGGCCUCAGGGCAGCCUUGUGGACCCAGGGACAGAUAUUCAAAGGGACCCCGGCCACCCUUGGUGAUGGGCCUCCAGUCUGCAUCUCUGCCCUCCCUUAGGAUGGGGAUUGAGGGCGGGGGGGGUGGGGCACAGUAGUUCUUCACAGACACGAGCACAUCAGCAAACCCUAUGAAAGUGGAAUUUUCUAACAGAAUAAACUUGCUUGUUUGGUCUGUUUUCUGUAACUUUUGCUAAAUACUUUAUACAUUUUUAAUGUUACAAAGCUGUGUCUCCUGCCAGCAUUCCUCCUCCCGGUAUGAAUGUGUUUACUCCACACUGUAUAUCCUCCUCCCUCUGACUGCCUAGACCAGUAAAUAAAAUGGAUGUAAUAUAAUUUAUAAGUGACACUGUUGAAACUCUGAUCCCUCUGGGGGCUGUCACCAGCUCUCCUCAACUCCUGUAAUAGCAUUUGUGUGUAUUAAUGCUGAAUUAAAUGUUUAAAGCAUUUAAAUUUUGAAGGCGUUUGCUAUAUAUAAUUGUUC